AUUUUAUUUUUGCUCAACCAAUAAAAGAAUCGGUAGCAACUACAUCUGUUUUUUAAAACAAUUCUAAUACAAAGACUAGAUCUAUUGUUUUAUAAAAGCUGUUGUUUUAAUAUAACAAUGGAUUUUAAUUAAUCUUGGUCCAAGAUUUAAAUUUGAAUGCUGUAUCGCUUUAAUCUACUAGCGGUAUAACCUAUUGAAACUGUUUUGUGGUUUACUGAAUGUUUUUUUUUUUCAAAGUAAUACAAAUUAUUAAAUAUCUGAGAUUCAAGAGUUUGAUUAAUUUCAAAAUGAGUAGAAGAUUGUGAAUAGCCAGAAAAGCCGGCAUUGUAUUUCUACACGUGUGGCAUUGCCUACCAUAAACUUCCGUUUGAGGCCAAGCUUAGUACGCCAUUACUUCUCUUGGCGUCGGUGUUCGUUCGUUGUUGUAUAUCUAAGGAGACUGCUGAGUGUUUGUAGUGAUCAUAAUGGGUAGACCUUCGAAUGACAAUAACCCUGAAGCAGAACAGUUCAGAAAACUGUUUAUUGGAGGACUAGACUACAGGACGACUGACCAAUCUUUGAAGUCCUUCUAUGAACAAUGGGGUGAAAUUGUAGAUGUUGUGGUUAUGAAACAUCCUCAAACCCAAAAGUCCAGAGGAUUCGGCUUUGUUACCUAUGCCCAAUCAAGCAUGGUUGAUGAAGCAAUGAAAAACCGUCCGCAUAAAAUUGAUGGUAGGGAAGUUGAUUCUAAAAGAGCAGUUCCCCGGGAUGAAAGUGGAGUGCAAACAAAUGCAAAUGUGAAUGUGAAAAAAAUGUUUGUUGGUGGAUUAAAAGAACAAACUGAGGCAGAAUUAAGGGCUUACUUUGGUAGUUUUGGCAAUAUAGUUGGCAUUAAUAUUGUCAUGGACAAGCAGACUGGGAAAAGGAAAGGUUAUGCCUUCAUUGAAUUUGAUGACUAUGAUCCAGUAGACAAAGCCUUACUGAGGAAGGACCACACGAUUGGUGGUAAGAGUGUCACAGUAAAGAAAGCUGUAGUGAAAGAAGCUAGUGGUGCUCCAGGAGGUAGGGGCGGCGGUGGUGGAGGUGGAAGUGGAGGCGGCAGUGGUGGUGCUCAGAGAGGCUCACGUGGUGGGCGAGGCCCAGCUGUAAACACGUGGAGUGGUGGUAACCAAUGGAGCGGUGGUGCUAAUGGCUAUGGAGGCCCUUGGGACAGCCAACCUCAGGGCAAUGGCUGGGGGCCCCAGUGGGAUCAAUAUGGAGGAGGUGGCUGGAAUGCCAACGGAUACCAAAGCUAUGGUGGCAGCGGCGGUGGUGGUGGAGGUGGUGGUGGUGCCGGUACUGGUGGACCAAUGAGGAACAAUUAUAGUGGACAAAACAGGAGUGCACCCUAUGGAGGUGGUUCAUCAAGUAAUUUUUACUCUAGGACUGUUUUAAGGGAAACCUCUCUUUGAUAGGAAUAGAAUCUUAGGAAUUUGUUGGCUUAUUAUCUUCACUAGGCAAGAUAAACAACAUUAAGAGUAUUUUCUUCACAUUUUGGUAAUAUUAGUUUUCUUAAUCCUUAUGUUAUACUUGAAAUCAUUUUUUAAUUUUUUUUAACUAUUUCUUAAAAUUAGAAAUGAUACUGUGGGUUGUUUUGUUUUGGGGUAUUAGUUUUUCCAGGUACGACCUGAAGAUUUUUUUGGCAUAUGCCUCUGGUUAGGUAUAAAGGACUUAAAUCUCUGGAUGCUGUUGAUGUCCAAUUUUCACCACAUUUAUUUGAUCAAUAAGUAUACAAUUUUUUCUGCAUUUUUUAAACUAACUUAUCAUUAGGUUAAUGUGCUGUGUAAUGCGUAAUCUCUACACCCUUUAUUCUUAAUUACAUCCUUAUUCUUAUUUUAAAAAAUCCAAUUUCCUUUCCAUUGUUAUUGUCAAGCCUACACUACCAUCUUGUGGUAAAGUUUUGAUCUUUUAAAGUUAACAUGUUAUAUUUUAUUGCAUUACAAGCAGUUUUAGUAGUUUAUACAAUUAGCGAUAUCUGGUAAAAGUCCGAUCCUUUAUUGGUUUGUGUUAUGUUGAAGGUUGAAAAGGUUUCACACGCUCAACACAUAGCACAGGCUCAAUGAAGAAUCAAUUCUAACUUGGCACUUCAGUUGGUGGUAAUUAAUAAAAGAGACAGCUAACGUCUCCAGUUGAGGUCAAGCGAGUGAGUUGCUGGUCCAAUUGAUAAAAUUUUUCAAACUAGUCUGCUCCAGGAAUUAAACCAAGUAAUAUGGAUAGAUUCAAGAUGAUGGAAAUCCUGGUGCCAUAAACUUCUGUUUAUUGUGAAAUAGAUAUUAAUGAUAAUUAUUUUUUUAUUUAUUUAGUUUCCUUAUCGAUGAUCUAUAAUGAAAUAUAACACAGUCAAUUUUUAAAUGUGUUUUUUUAAUUAAAUACUGGUCAGGGAUUAAUUGUAGUCAUCGUGGUUAUUUCAAAAACAGUCAACAUUCAUAUAAUGAAUACAAAAUAAUAUAUGGAAAAGAUGAUUAGGUGAAUUUGCAGAUAUGAGUUUGUUAUUUUAAGCUGUUGUCAUUUUUUGUUUAAAAAAAGUAUACCUUUUUUUUUAAAUCACUAGACAAAAAAGAAAUAUAUAUUUUUGGGUCACUGCCCAAAGUCAGGUGAUUGCCAAUUUAUCAACAUUUUAUAAACAAAACAUUUAUUUUCUUUAAAAUAGUCGCCAUGCUCAUUACCACUAAUUUACAGUUUAUACAUUUUAAAAAAAUAUUUUUUUGUUUAAAAUUCAGGGCAUAUGUUGAUUGCACUUCUUAUAUAAUGGAUAAUAAAUUAAAUGUAAUUAUGCUAUUAACCUAAAUAAUUUAAAAACUUGUAAAAAAAAAAAAAAAGUUUUGUAUUAAUAAAUGUAAUUACAAUUAAUUAGGGUUACUGUUUCAUCAUAUAUUCACUCCUCUUUGUUGCUCUUGCAGCAUUUAUUUGUGAUACAUUAUCCUAUCUCUGCUCAAUUUAAAUUUAUAAAACAAUAUAAUUAUGACAUUCUUCAGCCUUUAUCUUCACCCCUUUCUCAUUAGAUGGUAGAGAGCUUAUUCAGGAGUUAGCAAGAGAGAAAUAAAAUGUUCUUGCUAUCCGGUUUAUAAAAGAACAGCUCCUAAUAAGAGAACAAUUUCUCUCAGUGAGGAUAGAAAUAUAAAUGUGAAUAUAAUAAAUUAUGCAAUAAUAAAAUUAUUGUAUAUUAAGUUGCUUGUUUCAUUACACUAGCCUGAGUAGUUG